CUCUUUUCCUCGCAUUCUCUUUUACUAUUUCCCUCGCUAAUUUUAUUUCUUGUAGCUCGAAGCUUGCAGAUUCCCCUCAUUGAAAAUGUCGAUGGUGCCAAAGAGAAUUAUGAAGGAGGUCGAGCGCCUGACCAAGGACCCUGUCCCCGGAAUCAGCGCCGAGCCUCAGGAGGGCAACAUUCGGUACUUCAGCGUGCUCAUGGAUGGCCCCGAUUCGUCACCCUAUGAAGGCGGUCAUUUCAGGCUGGAGCUGUUCUUGCCUGAGGAGUACCCCAUGUCGCCGCCCAAGGUGCGCUUUCUGACGAAAAUGUACCACCCAAACAUUGACAAGCUGGGCAGAAUCUGCCUCGACAUUCUCAAAGACAAGUGGUCGCCCGCUCUGCAAAUCCGCACCGUCCUGCUGUCUAUUCAGGCUCUGCUGUCAGCCCCGAACCCCGACGAUCCCCUGGCCAACGAUGUUGCCGAGCACUGGAAGUCGGACGAGAAGGCUGCCAUCCAAACGGCACGCGAGUGGACGCAAAAGCAUGCCAAGUAGAAGGUUUCCAUUUUUUUCUUGUUGCUUCCAAAUAUUGAACCUGUUAACCGCUGGCUGCAUGUGGUGCUCCUCUCCCGCCAGCCUGCCACAUGUGUACGAAAAAUGUCUCAGCACAAUAUGCUUCAUAUAUCCUUGGCAUAUUCUGAAUUUCCCAGACUGCCGGAGAAGCUGUUUACUGCAUUCACUCAGGGUGCUGAUUCAUGCAUUUUGCUGGCUGUGGUGCACGCUAUAUUGCUUUGUCCGACGGUCUGGUGAAUGCCGGGGGAGGGACAUUUAAUAUGCUGCAUCGUCGAUGCAAUUAGUCGAUAUUUCGUUGUAUGUAUUAGACGUGUUCGAGACCAUCUGACAAAAUGCUAGAGCGGCUGUGCUGGCUGCGGCCAAGAAUUGCAGUGCACAUCGUAAAAGAG